UGGUGAAUAAUAUUGUUCGGUCGGAGGUCACGAGGGACGAGUAUAUAACGUUAGUCUUCACACCUUAGAUGAUCAGUAGUGGGCUUAAUAUCGAUACAACUCUAGUAACAAUAUCGCGACAAUUAAACAUCAUAUGAAGUCCACGAUGUUGCUACUGUGGACGUUAUCGGCUCUUUUGGCGGCUGCUCAGGCCAGUGUCUGGCCUUAUCAUGGAUCAGUGGGAUGGGUUCCAGCAACAGGUACAUCAUAUGGAUCUGCACCAUCAGUCGCCUUGAGUGAAGCAUAUGCACAAUCAAAUGCCCAUGCUCAUGCUUCCAGUGUUGCUACAGGAUCAAAUAACAUUUACACGCCAAUUUACUAUAAGGGACAUGGUAGUCAAUCAGCAAUAUCAAGUGCAUCAGCUCAUUCGUCCGCUGGUUCUGGUAUAUCUAGAGGCUCUGCCUACGUAGCUGCUCCUUCAAGAGGACCAGUCACAAUAGUUGGACCUUCGUCGUAUCCAGUCUCAGUUAUUGGAUCCAAUAGUGGUUCAGCUGUAGCAAAUUCCAUAGCUGGAGGUGGUUCAGCGGGUGCAACUGCAGUCAUUGGACCAACAUCAGUUCCAGUUUCAAUAGUCGGUCCAUCUUCUGGUCCAGUAUAUGUCACUGGCUCUGGUGAUAGUUCAGCUAGUGCACAUGCACACGCUACCUCUGGUUAUGGUACAGCAGUAUCUGGUGCAUCCGUAGGACCAGUAUCUAUUGCUGGACCAUCCACUGGAACUGUUUACGUUAAAGCUCCAGUUGCGCCUCCAGCAAUAAUUCGAGCACCAGUUGUAAGUCCUGUAAUUGUAAGAAGUAGACCAGAACCUGUUGUAUGGUGUCCGCCAGAAGUCACCGAAUGGAAAGCUAUUCCAAAACCAAUUGCAAUUUAUCCCUCUCGUGUUGAUCCGAUUGUUGUAGCAGGACCAUCAGCUGGUAGUGUUGCAAUCACUGGUCCCACAGUGCCUUCUGCUAUUAUUUCUGGUCCCUCGGGAACAAUUGCAACUUCCGGUGGUUCAUCGUGGCCAGGAAUCAAAUAUUGGUGAAUAAAAAAAAAAAAAAAUUGACAAAUAUUUCAUCACAGAAACAUAAACUUGAGGGAAAAUAUUGACGAUAACGCUUAUUUUAUGUGUUCGAAUCGAAAUAGUAUUUUUCAUGUAUAGAUUUAUAUAUAUUAAAUCAUUAUUCGUAUUAUUAAA